CUCUUCCUCUUCCUCACCGUCUUUCCAGCUUCUUCUCCUCUGUUCUGUUGCACCUUGGGCACCUCGCUCACACCGCAACACAACACAAGUCGAACCAUCAUCAACGUUUGCGAGAACUUGAAUAAUUUCCUUUUCGGGAUUCACCCUCGUCAUCGGCCUCAUCUCGUAGAAGCGCAACAAAGUUCGACCGCGGCGAAAUAACUACCGUUUGAUUUCCCUCCAAGCUCUUCGACCGCAUUGCACCACAGAACGCAGCGAAAAUGGCGUCACAGGCUAUCAAGAGCGCUCUCCCCACUCACCUCAAACCCGGAAACAACAACGGCGACGAGGCCGAGUUCUCCAAGAGGCAUCAUGGCAAGACACGAUCCCACAUGGCCUUCGAGAACACUUCAACCAACAUCGCCGCCGCCCAGAUGCGCAAUGCGCUCACGAACCUGGCCGAGACAGUGAAGGACCCGGCGCAGAAGAAGCUGUUCGAGACUGAGAUGGAUAACUUCUUCUCGCUCUUCCGCCGGUACCUGAACGACAAGGCCAAGGGCAACGAAGUCUCAUGGGACCGCAUUGCGCCCCCUGCCGAAGGCCAGGUCGUCGACUACGACGCCCUCCCUAACUCCGAGUCGGUUGGCUUCCUAAACAAGUUGGCCGUGCUGAAGCUGAACGGCGGUCUCGGUACCUCCAUGGGCUGCGUCGGCCCCAAGUCCGUCAUCGAAGUCCGCGAUGGCAUGUCGUUCCUUGACAUGUCGGUCCGCCAGGUUGAGCACCUCAACCGCACGUACGGCUCCAACGUGCCCAUCGUGCUCAUGAACUCGUUCAACACGGACGAGGACACCGCCGCCAUCAUCAAGAAGUACGAAGGCCACAACGUUGACAUCCUCACCUUCAACCAGUCCCGGUACCCAAGGAUCUAUAAGGACUCGCUCCUGCCCGUGCCCAAGUCGUUCGACUCGGCCCUCCACGACUGGUACCCGCCCGGACACGGUGACGUGUUUGAGUCGCUGUACAAUUCCGGUAUCCUCGACAAGCUCCUGGAUCGCGGCAUCGAGAUCAUCUUCCUCUCCAACGCCGACAAUCUCGGUGCCGUUGUCGACCUCCGCAUCCUCCAACACAUGGUGGAGAGCGAGGCCGAGUACAUCAUGGAGUUGACCAACAAGACCAAGGCUGACGUCAAGGGCGGCACGAUCAUCGAUUACGAGGGCAGCGUGCGCCUGCUCGAGAUCGCUCAGGUGCCCAAGGAGCACGUCAACGAGUUCAAGUCGAUCAAGAAGUUCAAGUACUUCAACACCAACAACAUCUGGAUGAACCUCAAGGCUAUCAAGCGCGUCGUUGAGAACGAUGAGCUCGAGAUGGAGAUCAUCCCCAACGGCAAGACCAUUCCCGGCGACAAAAAGGGCGAGUCGGACAUCAGCAUCCUGCAGCUCGAGACGGCCGUCGGCGCUGCCAUCAAGCACUUCAGGAACGCUCACGGCGUCAACGUGCCCCGCCGCCGCUUCCUGCCCGUCAAGACGUGUUCGGAUCUGAUGCUAGUCAAGUCGGACCUGUACACGGUCAAGCACGGCCAGCUGCAGAUGAGCGCCAACCGCUUCGGCGACGCACCCCUCAUCAAGCUCGGCUCUGACUUCAAGAAGGUCUCUGACUUCCAGAAGCGCAUCCCCUCUAUCCCCAAGAUCAUCGAGCUCGACCAUCUGACCAUCACGGGCGCCGUCAACCUCGGCCGCGGCGUCACUCUCAAGGGCACUGUCAUCAUUGUUGCCACCGAGGGCCAGACCAUCGACAUCCCGCCGGGAUCCAUCCUGGAGAAUGUGGUCGUCCAAGGCAGCUUGCGCUUGCUGGAGCAUUAAACUGCUUAAAGCGUAGCGUUGAGUCCUUGUGUAGCUGAUGGAAAAUGCACGGGCGGCUGAUGGGACUUUUUUUUUUGGUGCCUUUGCCGCCAUUGUUGUCGUCAUGACCGAGAUAUAAGCUUGGCAUGCUCUUUCUUUGCAUAUGCUUUUGAUGGCAGGGAAAACAUAGGUAUAAUCAUGGCUUUGGCUGCUCGCCUCGGCUCU